AUGGUGGGCUCGAGGUUGAGACCGCCGAACGAACAAAAACAUAAGAUAUUGAUCCGAAAAGAUAAAUUUGAGGCAAACUAUUGGAAAGAGCAACAAUGGCUGGCUGGUCGAAGAAAAAUAAAAAUUCAAAUGGUUAGAAACGAUACAAAACAAAUUGCUUAUUUGAUUGGUCGUACACUCACUGCUGAAAUUGGCAUGGUAUCGUUGGAUAAGGACGGAAUGAUAGCCCUGGAGACUCGACGCACGAAUGCCGUUGCGCAGUUAUUAGGUGGAGAUUCGUCGAGUUGCACGCCAGAAGUAACAGUGACGAUUGAAUUAGUGUGUGCUGAUGUUCUAAGGUCAUAG